ACUGACGUUUGGCUCUCAAAAGAAGAAUCCAUUUUUCAUGAUAAAAUGGCAGUGGUGAAAACCCCAAGCAGAGAGCUGAAAAAUGCUGAAGAACCGUUUAGUGAGGUAUCGCCCCUCCUUUUGAGGAGCCUAGUGGAGGAACCCAAGAAAAGAACAGAAGUACCUAAUCACCUCCUAGAGUCAAAGGUUUAUGCAAAGCUUCUGAAUAAUAAGGUUAUACAAGCAAAACCUGGCAUAUUGCAUUUUGGAGGCUAUCAAAUAGAAAAACAACACCAACAGAUUCUGAAUCUGGUCAAUGUUUCAGGUGAAGACAUACAUGUUCAUGUUUUACCCCCACAAACCAAAUAUUUUCAGAUCAAGUAUGUGAAAAAAGAACACCGCCUGGUCCCUGGCUUGUCCCUCACAGUUACCAUUACAUUUUCUCCAGAUGAGUGGCGUUACUAUUAUGAUUGCAUCCGUGUUCACUGUAAAGGGGAUGACACCUUGCUUGUUCCCAUCCAUGCCUACCCUGUCAUGAAUACACUGGAUUUUCCUUCAUUUAUAAGUCUAUCAAAUGUUCUACUAGGGGAAAGCAAGAAUUAUGUUAUUCCUUUGCAGUGCAGCUGUCCUGUAGAUUUUGAGUUUCAUGUGGAUUUGAUUCAGGCCAAUCAAGCCUUUACUGUUGAGCCAACAUCUGGAAUAAUUCCAGCUAAUGGGAAGGUGAAUGUGACUAUCAAGUUUACACCAUUUCAGUAUGGUACUGCACAGAUCAAAGUGCAGUUAUGGAUUUCACAGUUCAACUCUCAGCCUUACGAAUGUGUAUUCACUGGGACAUGCUACCCCAACAUGGCUUUAAAAUUAGAAGAAUUUGAAAGAUUAAACACUCUUUCUAAGAAAGUAAACGUUCCUCCAGAAAAGACAAUGACAUAUACACAUUUUCACAGACUACCAGCAAAGGCAAAGCCUCAAAAGAUAAAGGAAAUUGAAUACCAGAAUUUGAGAUUUCCAGUAGAUUUAUCAAAUCCAUUUGCUGUGGCAAGUGUUUUAAACCAAGAACCAGGAAAGUUGAAGGUCAAAAAAUUGAGAGAAGUUUUGGACCAAGGCAAUGAGAUUUCAAAAACAAGACAAAUGAAGGAAGCUCUUUUUGAACAGAAAGUCAGACAGGACACUUAUGAAGAAGUUGCAAAUCAUCUUAAGUGGCAAGUACACCUCGGUAAAGAUCCCAUAUCUUUUAAAUUAAAAAAAGAGCUUACUGAAGAACAUCAGAGAGCAUACACAAAAUAUAAGUUAGAUAGAGGAGAUCCCAUUGUGAAUGAGGAAUUUCAGCGACUCAAGACAGAAAUUAGCCACAGACGGAUCAUUCACAAUCUAGAAGAUAAAAUCAAGGAAUUUCAUCCUAAUUUUGAUCCACUCAUUAACAAUAUAUGGGCCAACAGAUUCAGAGCAUUAAAGCGGUUUCAACAAGCAGCACGCAAGGUCAUGGUUCAACGACGAUUAGUCAAUAUGCUGAGUGUUGUUCGUGAAAUGGACAAAGAGGCUAUAAUGGGACGAUUCCGUCAAGGAAAAAAGUCAUUGUUAGAAGAGAGUCCCUCCAGAUACCUCUUUCUGCCUGGGAUCAGUCAAAAUGAUUAUUCCGCCCGGUUCUCUGUGACACCCAAGGACGUGCUUCCCUUUGCCUUCCCAUCCUACAGGCCUCCUCAGGCCUCUGAUGAGUUGGCUCCUGAUGGCCUUGGACUGGUCCCAAUUAAGUCUUCGGAAGUUCAAAUAAAACAGUCUUAUUCCUUCCUCAAUUUGCAGGUUCCUCAACUGUACAGAAUCAAAGGGUAUCAACCCUUCUCUGUCCAGGAGUCUUCAACAAGUUAUAAACCAGAAAAGCUUGCUCGAACACUGAAGCAAGGAGCUGAGGAUGAAGCCACCACCAUCAUAGCCCUUCCAAAUCAGGACUCCACACCUCAGCUCUCUGGCAAGACCUCAGUCUUGGACAUGAAACCACCUGAAGCCUUAGCUAGAUCUCCAGAGUAUGAUCCACUUUAUAUUUUUAAUCCCAACCCAGGAUUGUUCGCUGUGAUGCACCCUCUGACCUACCCAGAAACUAUAAUAGAUUACCAUCUCUGCCCACACCCCAAGUACAAGUUCACCAGAGAGGUCCAUGAAGGGUCCAGCAUUCCUCUCACCCAAAAGCAGUUUCUCCAUCACAUGGAUAUUAUUCCUGGCGUAAUGCACUGGAAGAAGUUCCAGUCACUGAUUCUGUCAUCCCUGCCUGACACUUCUAAAACAGAGACAACACGGAGCUAUGCUUCCUUCAACACUGCUAUGCUGCCUAUAGAUGUCCCUGCCGUUGUUCAGGAUUUACCAGAAGAAGACAGACUGGAAAUUGUUGAGCGUGGGCAAUGCGAACAUGAUGUAGACAUUAUGUUGACUCCAGAAAUGAUCCAGGUGGAAUUCCCAAUGUUGAACCACAAAGACACUAGGAAGGAGAAAGAGGUGAAAGACCAAGCACUACUACCUGAAAAGGCAGGAGAAAAGGUGCUCGAAGAGAUGAAGAAUCUGCGCGGAAAAGCUCUCAACCCAUACCUGAUUCUAGAAUAA